GGGCCGGAAAAGGGGCUUUCCCCGCCAGAGCCCCGGCUGCUGGCGAGGAGCAGCUUCGGUCCGUGGCGGAUCGGGCAAGAAGCCGGAACCGCGGCGCCACACGGUGAGAGGCCGGCCUAGACCCCCGAGUGGCCGCCACGAAGGGUAGGCAAAGCUGUGUGCGGGUCCAAGCGCCAAGCUAGAGAGCAGCGGACGCGCACAUCUGAAAAGCGGCGCACGGCCACGUAACACCGACACUUGUUAAAACCACGCGAACCGCCGGUGCCCUAAAACUCUAGGAAACAGAACCAGGGCUGAAGCCGCCAGAGCCGGGCCUAACUCAAGAGACAUGGACAGUUGCUACGACCCAGCCCUGGAUGGCCUCCCCGAAUAUGACGAUUUCAAAUUCAGCCCCUCCAUUGUGGAGCCCAAGGAGCCAGCCCUAGAGACAGCUGAUGGUCCCUACCUGGUGAUUGUGGAACAGCCUAAGCAGCGAGGCUUCAGAUUUCGGUAUGGCUGUGAAGGCCCCUCCCAUGGAGGCCUGCCAGGCGCCUCCAGUGAGAAGGGCAGGAAGACCUAUCCUACUGUCAAGAUCUGUAACUACGAGGGACCCGCCAAGAUUGAGGUGGACCUGGUGACACACAGUGACCCGCCACGUGCUCACGCCCACAGCCUUGUAGGGAAGCAGUGCUCCGAGCUGGGGGUCUGUGCUGUGUCUGUGGGCCCCAAGGACAUGACUGCCCAGUUCAACAACCUGGGCGUCCUGCACGUCACCAAGAAGAACAUGAUGGAGAUUAUGAUACAGAAACUGCAAAGGCAGCGGCUCCGCUCCAGGCCCCAGGGCCUUACAGAGGCCGAGCGGCGAGAGCUGGAGCAGGAGGCCAAGGAGCUGAAAAAGGUGAUGGACCUCAGCAUUGUGCGGCUGCGCUUCUCUGCCUUCCUCCGGGCCAGCGACGGCUCCUUCUCCCUGCCCCUGAAGCCAGUUAUCUCCCAGCCCAUCCAUGACAGCAAGUCUCCAGGUGCUUCAAACCUGAAGAUUUCUCGAAUGGACAAGACAGCAGGUUCUGUGCGGGGUGGAGAUGAAGUUUACCUACUUUGUGACAAGGUGCAGAAAGACGACAUCGAAGUUCGGUUCUACGAGGACGAUGAGAAUGGGUGGCAGGCCUUUGGGGACUUCUCUCCUACAGAUGUUCAUAAGCAGUAUGCCAUCGUGUUCCGGACACCCCCCUAUCACAAAAUGAAGAUCGAGCGGCCAGUGACAGUAUUCCUGCAGCUGAAACGCAAGCGUGGAGGAGACGUGUCCGACUCCAAACAGUUCACCUACUACCCUCUGGUGGAAGACAAGGAGGAGGUACAGCGGAAACGGAGAAAGGCCUUGCCCACCUUCUCCCAGCCCUUCGGGGGCGGCUCCCACAUGGGCGGAGGCUCCGGGGGCUCAGCUGGGGGCUACGGAGGAGCCGGAGGAGGCGGUGGCGGCCUCGGCUUCUUCCCCUCCUCCCUGGCCUACGGCCACUACGCGUCAGGCGCGGCCCCGACGGGCUGCUACCCCGGCGGCGGGGGCGGCGCGCAGAUGGCGGACGACGGGGCAGCGGGCACGAGCGCGCCCUCGGGGACCCCGCAGCCCGAGCCCGAGCCCAAGCGGGACUACAGCGCGCGCCUGCUGGGCCUGGCGAGGCGCGAAGCGCGCGCGCUGCUGGACUACGGCGUCACGGCCGAUCCCCGCGCGCUGCUCGCGGGACAGCGCCACCUGCUGACGGCGCGGGACGAGAACGGGGACACACCCCUGCAUCUGGCCAUCAUCCACGGGCAAACGGCGGUCAUUGAGCAGAUAGCCCACAUCAUCUACCAUGUGCAGCACCUGGGUGUCGCCAACCUCACCAAUCACCUGCAGCAGACGCCCUUGCACCUGGCGGUGAUCACUGGACAGACUGGGGUGGUGAGCUUCCUACUGCAGGUGGGGGCGGACCCAGCUCUCCUGGACCGGCAUGGAGACUCGGCCAUGCACCUAGCGCUGCGGGCGGGUGUGGGGGCCCCAGAUCUACUUCGUGUACUGCUGCAGAGUGGGGCUCCAGCUAUGCCCCAGCUGUUGCACAUGCCAGACUUUGAGGGACUGUACCCAGUGCACCUAGCAGUUCGUGCCCGGAGCCCUGAGUGCCUGGACCUGCUGGUGGAUAGUGGUGCUGAUGUGGAGGCUGCCGAGCGACAGGGUGGCCGCACAGCCCUGCAUCUGGCCACAGAGAUGGAGGAGCUGGGGUUGGUCACCCACCUAGUUACCAAGCUGCAUGCCAAUGUGAAUGCCCGAACCUUUGCUGGAAACACACCCCUACACCUGGCAGCUGGACUGGGUUCCCCAACCCUCACCCGCCUCCUCCUGAAGGCUGGGGCUGACAUCCACGCAGAGAAUGAGGAGCCCCUGUGCCCAUUGUCUUCACCCCCCACCUCUGGGAGUGACUCGGAUUCUGAGGGUCCUGAGAGGGAUGCCAGAGGCAGCUUCCAGGGCCACACACCACUUGAUCUCACUCGGAGCACUAAGGUGAAGACCUUGCUGCUUAAUGCUGCUCAGACCUCCUCGGAGCCCCCGAACAUCCCACCCAGCCCUGCAGGGCCAGGGCUGUCCCUGGGUGAGACCACCCUACAAAACCUGGAGCAGCUGCUAGAUGGGCCAGAAGCUCAGGGCAGCUGGGCAGAGCUGGCUGAGCGACUGGGCUUACGCAGUCUGGUGGACACGUAUCGGAAGACCCCCUCACCCAGUGGCAGCCUCCUGCGCAGCUACAAGCUGGCUGGUGGGGACCUGGCAGGUCUGCUGGAUGCACUGUCUGCCAUGGGUCUAGAUGAGGGGGUGAAACUGCUGAGAGGUCCAGAGACCAGAGACAAACUGCCCAGUACAGCUGAAGUGAAGGAAGACAGUGCCUAUGGCAGCCAGUCCGUGGAACAGGAGGCAGAGACACUGGGCCCACUCCCUGAGCCCCCCGGGGGCCUCUGCCAUGGGCACCCUCAGCCUCAGGUGCACUGAGCUGUGCCCACCACCAGCCUCCUCCUGGACCCUCUGUACAGCAUCCCCACCCGCUACAAAUUUUAUUUAACACCCACAGCCCACAUCUCGGCUGGGGCAAAUAAAGGAUUCUUUGAAAGGG